AUGACUCUCCGGUGGGAAGCCAACAUGGCGGACGCGGAGGCUGUGAAGGCGCUGAGCGGGUUACUGGGCGGAAUCGCGCAGAGGGUUUAUUACGGGAACUCGGAGAUCACGGAGGAGCUGCUGAAGGAUGAGCUGUACCCCGGUGUACCUCACGAGGAGUUCCGGGCUCUGUACGACAAAAUGAAGGGGCUACUGAAGUCUGUAGCCGUGGCAGAUAUGGACCAGGCCCAGCUGGAGGCGUUUCUGACCGCUCAGACGCGUAAGCAUGGUGGCGGCGGGAUGACCUCGGAGCAGGCGGCGGCUUUGACGCGUUUCUGGAAGGGACACCGCGCUCGUGUGCGAGAGAGCCUGCUGGCACAGAGCCGCUGGGAGCCUGCGCUGAGGGGGUUGAGCUGGAGGGUGGACCUGCAGACUGCUACCAGCAGGGGGCAGACGUCCAACAGUCCCGUGGCUCUGGUAGAGCUUGAACUGGGACGAAAUGGCCAGGACUCGGAGUUUGUUUGCGUGGAGUUUGAUGAACUGAAGAUUAACCACGUGCUAAAGAAGAUGUCAGAAAUUCAAGAAAGCAUUGACAGCAUUGUGCACCACAGCUAGAGCGAGAGGGAAAGUGCAAAAUUAGAAACAAAAAUCAGAAAAUGCAUUACUUUACAUUGCUUAUUUACAUUCCAUCAUGGAGCUGUAAAGAACAUUUGUAACGUGAGUAGCGCUUCCUCUGAGACGCUCUGCAGCGGACACCUCUGUUUCUCUUGGUAGCUCGUUCCAUUAAGCGUCUCUCAUAUCUCCUUCAAAGUUCCCGUGUGUGUUUUUGGAGCUUAGAUUCUUUUUCUGACAUUUGGUUGAAUCAAAUUGGCAUUUAUAUGAAAAAAAAAUUAUAAUGCAUGCAGUUGCUGUGAUGUAAAUAUUUAAUACCAGCGUGUGCCAAGAACAAACGAGCAAAAGGCUACAGCUUCCAAAAAACAUAAACUCCAUCAAAUAUUUACCAGCAGUGCUGCCUCAGUGAAUAGACUGCCGGGCUCCAGUAACACACAGUAACUCUGUGUUCCUUAAGUAUUUUGUCAGAAAUGAACUGAUAAAAUAAAGAAAAAAAAUGUAUGAAUAAACAGCGACCUUUACAUGUUACUGUAAAAGUGAAAGGAAUGUGAUACACAAUGUGUAUGAAAUAGUAAAUAAAGUGUUAAAUACAUUUUGAAAA